AUUCUUUUCUGAUUGGUAGUCGGUGGAAAAACUUGAGACCAGCUAGUCUCUGUGAAUGGCUGUAGUCAUUUGCAAUGUGGACAAACGUUUCUUACCAAUAGUCUCUCCCUGAUUGUAUAGUCUAUGGUGAUGUCUGCUAGCGUUGAAACCUCGUUUAUAUAGCAUGUCCUCCAUCUUGUAAAUUAUUCACUGUGGAAUACAUGGAGUUUCGUGAGCAUUUGGAACAAAGCUAAUCGGACUUGGGUGCUUAGUGUUUAUUCGCGUGUAUUAUUGACUGCUUUUCUAUUCCGAUCGCUCUCGUGCCCAAUUUCGAAAGGUCCGCAUUGCGCGUAUUACCACUGGCGCCUGAAACUCACCAGCAAGAAGUGGAACGCACGUUUUCAACGUAAUUUGUUAAGAGUUCGAUGUCGGCCCCUCGCCAUGAUCACACAUGGUGGAUUCACGACAAGAAGCUAGUCUCCGUGUGAACAGAAUCGUAAUCGAAUUUUUGCAAGAAGAACAGCACUUGGGCAUACAAAUUCUUAUAAAAAGAUAUUGUGCAACAAAGUGAUCCUUUUGUAAAAUAGUUGUACACUCUAAUAUAUGCACGUGUAUAUAUAUUUGCAUAUGUGCAUUCUUGUAUGACAUAAAUAUAUUACAUAUGCAGUAAUAUAUAAAGAGAUAAUUGUGCUUGAGUGGGCAGAUUUAGUAAAGAUGAAAAGUAGCACCCACAAAGAUACUGCUACAAAAUCAAGAGAGGAAUUCAGACAUGAUGUGAUUUUUUUACCAUCAAACAAAGACAAUAUUUUAUCAUAUCAAUUUAAAUUGCCUAUGGCAUCAAUCAAUCAAUAUCCACGAAAAAAUAAAUAUCAACUUCAAUACAGACUAGGUAAAUCUUGGAUAUGUGAUACUACUAAUACAGUUAGUUGGCUGUCCCCACCAAAUUCAAGUUUGGAAUAUGAUUCUUUUGAUACAUACAAAUCAAUGUCAUCUAGAUCCGCUAAAAUAAUGAGAGCACUGAGCUCUACUCACAAUUCCUUUCGUAAUGAGAGCAUAGGAAUAAGGAAAUCAUUAAACUUUGACUCCUCUCCAAGUCCAAAGGAAAAUAAUAGUUACAACGAGAGCUCUGUCGGUUCAAUCAACACUGACACACCAUCGUCAAUAUUAAAUUCAAGCCCAAUCAAUUCUACUGAUAGUAACGUUCCAAUUGCAUCUAUGGAAUCAAUGGACGAAAAUCAGAAUAAAACACCUCAACAAAAUCGAAGAUAUGUCAAUAAAUCGAGCAAUAGAAGUGACAUAGAAAAUAUUCGAUCAAGAACAUCUUAUUUAAUGUCAUUACUUGAAAAGGAAGGAAAUGAAGGAAUCAAUAGACAUGCAAAUCACAGAGUAUCCAGCCGUGUUAUAACUACAAGUACACCUAGGAAUCUGGUUCUGGAAUUUAAUCAAGAAAUAAGUCAUAAUAGACCACAUACACCUGAGAAUAUGAUAGAUGUAAUUCCCGAAAGUAUAAGUGCUAUCAAAAAGAGCCACAAGAAGGAAAAAUGGCACUGUCAUGAAGAACAGUUAUCUACUCAAAGGAUGGAUGUUUCUUUAAAAAAUGAUAAUUUUGAUCCAACAACGAAAUCUUCAGAAACAAAUAUAAUAGUUAAAGCUAGUUCUAGUUUUGCUGCUGAAAAUGAAUCUCAGAAAAAAAACAAAAAUAUUAAGAGAACGCUUGUUUACAAUGACAAAGGGCCUUACGCUAGAUUAGAUUUUAAUCACAGCAUACAGCAGAAAACCAUGAUGGAAAAUGACUUAUUGGCGAGUCGAUUGGAUCAAACAGAAAAUGAAAUGCAGGAUAUUGAAUCUAAUAAAAACAAGAGUGAUGAAGAAAGUAUGCAAGUUAAAUUAAUAGAUAAUGAUGACAAAGAUCUUUCCAAGGAGAGUAUUUGCGAUGAAGAAGUAAGUUGGUUAUCUUUGCAAAGAGACUCAGAGAUUUGUAAUGUUAGUACAAACAGAAUAGUAUCUCCAGGAUGUAAUUCAAGUGCUUCUCAGGAUGCUAGCAAAGUAGUUACACCCGAAAACGACGUAAACAUGUUAAAGCAUGUAUUAUUGACAGAAUCGAUUAAGAAAUCGCAUAAGAAGAUGAAACAUGCAAGUAGAAAGACAUUAUUUAAAACAAAAAAUUCCCAGAAAAUAGAGAAAAAAGCAGAACUUGAAAUGUCCAUAGAAGAUGUUUGUAAUGAUGAUCAAGAUAUUAACAGUCAGACAAUCGAUAUGAUUCACUUUUCAAGUCCAGAAGAUUUAAAAUUUGAUCGUCCGGGCACACCUGAAAAUAUAAAUUCAAGCAGACUCUUAUUACUUGAUUUUAAUUCAGUUAAAAAAUCCCAUAAAAAGGACAAGCGUAGCAAAACAACUUCCAGUUUCGUCCAAUGUCAUGAUUACGAACAUUGUAAGAAAAGUAGAAGAUUGAAAGAGGAAGAAAUCUCAUGUAGGGAUGAACAUCUUGGAUUAAAAGACUCUCCUGAGGUGCUGCCUAAAAAGAAAAAGUCGAUAAGCAGAUCCUUGCAUAGUAGUACACCCAAGAUGAUGAAUGACUUCAAACUUUUGGGAUGCAAAAAUAUAGAUGAAGAAUUUAAAAUUCAUACGUCUAUUAAAAAGCCAUCAAUUCUGUUUACUGUCACCAAUCGUGUCUCUGCGAACGAAAUGUCACAGGAAGAAGACAAAUUUAUAUUAGGGACAUCGAAGGAAAUAGAUUGUUCUAGAUGUGAGACGCCGGUCGGACGUUGUUUCAAAAAAUUGAAGGAAAAUAAAGAUCUUGCAUUAGAAUACGAUAACGCUAAAAAUUUUGAGACUGAUUUAAGCAUGUCGAAAUCAGCAGAUACUGCGCAUCUAAAAGACAAGAAUGGUAGAUCGACUCCGAUAAAUAUGUCAACGACGGAGUUGCUUUGUAAUGUAGAUUCUAUUAAAAAAUCACACAAGAAAGAUAAACAUGAUUAUAAUAAGAAACCGAUUUUAAGAAAGAAACGAUCGUAUAUUGAAGAAAGUGCAAAUGUUAAUUUCGCAAAUAAUGAAAUGAUGUUGGAAGAUCCUUUUUCGCCCUUGCAUCAUAUCGAUAAUCAUCGUACUGAAAAGGAAAUUUGCAUGCGUAAAAAAGAAAGAGUAAAAAGUUGUAAAGAGACUGCUUAUGACGAUCCGCAACCAUCUACGAGUCGAGGAGAUGAUAUUGAAAGUGCAAGAAAUACCACAAGAUCUGAAUACAAUUAUUUGAAUAUAACACCUCCAAAUAGUUUGGGCGCAAUAAAUUUAAGGAAACUGCUACAUACGACUUCGAUUAAAAAGUCGCACAAAAAAGAACGCGAUAUGAACGCACAAACUAAGUAUAUUUUCAUGAGUCAGGAUUCCGAGUUGUCUGAUGAUGGAUCAAUAUUUGACGAAACAGAUAAAUUGAAUUAUAUUGAAAAGGAAAUAUCGACAAUGUAAUAGAUAAAUGAAAAUAUUCCAUUACAUGAUGAUAUUAUCGCGAUAACGAAUUUAAUACAUAUAUAUGCUUUAAAUAAUAGAUGUAGAAUUUUAUACGACUAAUUAUAAGAUUAAGGAUUAUUUUCUGACGAAUUUUCAAAUUAAUAUUUUAAUAAAUUUUUCAAUUAUCAGUAUUUGAUGCCUUGAACAGUUCGAAUUUAACUUAGAAAUUAAGAUUUAAGAUUAUCUUUGCAUUUCUUACAUAGUUUAAUUCAUGAUAAACUUUUGUUUAUAAAGAUUAUUGAAAUCUUAGAAUGGAAUAUUAGAUGUUUAAGUAAAGCAAAUACUAAUAUUAAUAAAUAUUGGUUAUUAUUAAAAUUAUGAUCAUGUUCUUUGUAUGCUCUGCUUAGGUUUAAAAGUAAUUGAUUUUUCUAUACAAGAAUUCUGUUCAAGCUAUAUCAAUAAAAUGAACAUCGCAACAAUUACAAGGCAAUUUGAUUAGAAAGAGCAUUGGCUUCAUAAAGAAUUCAAAUAAAAUUGUAGUGUCUUAGGAAUACAGUGAAAAUGCGAAUUAUAUAAUAUUUUUAAGAUGAUAGUUUAAGACAAUAAUAAAAUUUUUUAAAGAUUAUUCAAAUUUCAUGACUGAGGUAAAAUAUUUGAAACAUGUACAGCGCUAAUUCUCAUAAAAAUUGUUAAUGUUAACGUAAAUUUAAUGUUCUGUAAGCUUAUUAAUUUCUAGAUGCAUGGUUUAGGAUAUUUUUAUACAUACACAAAUCUGUUGCGUCAAAAUAAUAUUAGUAUAGAUUUUAUAUUCACUUCUUUGUUACAUUUUCGUAUAUAAUUUAUAUCAAAUAAGAUAUAUAAAUAACUUAGGAAAAAUUGCAAUGAUAUAUAUAUAUAUAUAUAUAUGUACACAUAUACAUACACUCGCAUUUGAAUAUUACGCUUACAUCAUUGAUUUGACGUUUGAUCAAUUGUUACAAUAAGUUUACUUACAUAUACUUAAAAUUACAUAUAGGGAUAUAAAGUACAAUUUAAGUAUUAUUUAGGCAUUAUUAUAAAGUUUUUUUAUUACUUAAAAACGAUUAGUAGCUAAGUGAAAGUAUGCAUAAUCUAUUUUCCUUGUAAUGUUACAUAUAAGAAAUUAAAAUCAAAUUUUUUAUCGA